UGCUGCACUUGCUCUAAGUUCAUUGAAGCCCUCAUCCUCCUCUGAAGCUCCCCACUGCAGAGGAUCGCCACAAGCUGGCUGCUGUCUGUUGCUCUCCAACAGUGAAGAUUCCUUCUCCGAUUUUUAUAAUGGAUAACCCAUCAAGAGCUUAUAAUCACCUUUGGAGCUCUUGAAGAAAAUCCUCUACGAUUGUCCCCCCAUGGCUUGUGUAGGCCUAGUAUAUAACCAGCAUGAGGAGGCACUCUGAUAUAAGAGGGAACCAAUCGAGCUCAACACAAUCUCAAGAAUCAGCAUUGGACAUGGAAAGAAACAUAUGUGGCUGCCCAAAUCUUCAAUCUAGCCCAUCUCUUCAACCUUAUGCAUCGGCUGGUCAACAUCCUGAGAGCAAUGCUGCGUAUUUUUCAUGGCCAACCUCUACUCUAUUGCAUGGUGCAGCUGAAGGCCGAGCAAACUAUUUUAUGAACCUUCAGAAGGGAGUACUGCCGGGAAAUCUUGGAAGGUUGCCAACAGGACAGCAAGCCACGACAUUGCUUGAUUUGAUGACUAUAAGAGCGUUCCAUAGCAAGAUUUUGCGUCGUUUUAGUCUUGGAACAGCGAUAGGGUUUCGAAUAAGGAAGGGCACUUUGACUGAUAUACCGGCCAUUCUUGUUUUUGUUGCGAGGAAGGUUAAUCGGAAAUGGCUUAACAAUGCCCAAUGCUUGCCUACUGCCCUCGAGGGCCCGGGGGGUGUGUGGUGCGAUGUAGAUGUUGUAGAGUUCUCAUACUACGGAGCACCAGCACAGACUCCUAAAGAACAACUGUACACUGAGCUUGUGGAUGGCUUACGUGGUAGCGAUCCAUGUAUAGGUUCAGGUUCUCAGGUGGCUAGUCAAGAAACUUAUGGAACCUUAGGUGCCAUUGUCAAGAGUCGAACAGGGAACAAACAAGUUGGUUUUCUUACAAACAGGCAUGUGGCAGUUGAUUUGGAUUAUCCUAACCAGAAGAUGUUUCAUCCUUUGCCAUCCAACCUCGGACCUGGAGUUUAUCUCGGUGCUGUUGAAAGGGCAACAUCUUUUAUUACCGAUGAUCUCUGGUAUGGUAUUUAUGCUGGAACAAACCCAGAGACCUUUGUUCGAGCUGAUGGAGCAUUCAUCCCUUUUGCUGAUGACUUUGACAUGUCCACUGUCACCACUUUAGUGAAAGGAGUCGGCGAGAUUGGAGAUAUUAAAGUCAUAGACUUACAAUCUCCAAUCAAUAGCCUUGUUGGGAGGCAAGUUGUGAAAGUUGGAAGAAGCUCAGGUCUCACUACUGGAACUGUAAUGGCUUAUGCUCUCGAAUACAAUGAUGAGAAAGGGAUAUGUUUCUUUACUGAUUACCUCGUUGUGGGAGAGAACCAUGAGACUUUUGAUCUUGAAGGUGAUAGUGGAAGUCUUAUUGUUUUAACUUCGCAAGAUGAUGAGAAGCCUCAGCCAAUAGGGAUUAUAUGGGGCGGUACAGCGAAUCGAGGGAGGUUGAAGCUUAAAAGUGGUCACAGUCCAGAGAAUUGGACUAGUGGAGUUGAUCUUGGUCGCCUUAUUGAUCUUUUGGAGCUGGAUAUUAUCACAACCAAUGAAGGGCUUCAAGAGGCAAUUCAAGAACAACGAAUGGCUUUAGCUGCUGCUGACUCAACUGUUGGAGAAUCGUCCCCUAAUUUAUGCCCUCUGGAGAAGGAAAACACGGAAGAAACUUACGAGCCUCUAGGCAUCAACAUCCAAGAACUUCCUCGUGAUGUAGCUGCUAACGGUGCAGGCUCUCAUAUGGAGUUUCAAAUGGAUGCGGUUGAUGUCAAUAACAAAGUUGAAGAGCAUAGUUUUAUCAGUAUGUCUCCAGUUCAUCGAAGUCAAGAAGAGAACCCUGAGCUGAAGAAUCUAUCGACAUUGAAGAAUUCAGAUGACGAGGAAGAAAACCUGUGCGUUUCUUUGAGGCUGGGGGACCGAGAGCCUAAAAGGCAGCGGUCCGAGCCUCCUCCAGUGUAGGCAGUGAUUCACCGAAACGAAGAGCUCAUUAUGAAAAAUACGAGGGUUGGAGCAUUCUGAGGUCAGUAAUUUAAACGGUUUGAUAGUUUCUUUUGAACUUCUGACUAUGUUUAGAGUGGAUCUUGUUUAUCCUUUUGUACAUUAAAGUUCAGAAGAAUGAGAGAAGUAUAUCUAACUUGGGAUCAUAGGCUAUUCUUUGCUUGAAACUCUUUUGUUAUGUUCAUCAAGUUGCUGAUUUGUUGUGUUUA